CGAUGGCCACACUGUUUUUGGUAAACAGCUGAUUAGCUGUAGACGAAAACUGUGAAUGCUCAGACGCCAUUGUGUACACGUUACGUGCGUUGCGAAUUUACAAUAAUGUCACAAGGCGGUGGCACACCAUCAACGAGCAAUCCAACCAUAUUGCAUGGCGGCAAGGUCUUCAUACAACGGGACUAUAGCGAUGGCACCUCAGUGAAGUUUCAUACUAGGCUACCCCCAGAGCUGGAUGGCAUGAUUGAACGGCACGUCUUUGAGGCGACAAUUAACAGGCUUAACGAAUUUUAUGCCGAGGCAGAGGAGGGCUCGUGCAGCACCUACUGCGAGGGCUGUAUAGGUUGUAUAACAGCGUACUUGAUAUAUAUGUGCUCUGAGACACAUUACGAAAAGACGCUGCGCAAGAUUUCCAAAUUUGUUGCUUCCCAAAAUGAACGCAUUUACAAUCCAAAGGGUCUGCAAUUGAUCGAUCCAACCUUUCGUGGUCUUCGCGUUAUAGAGAUAACCAUAUUUGAUCGUCCGGGGCGAACGUGACUUCCGCUUUCGCAUUCAGCCAAUGAGUUUUUCAUGUGAGGCAUCUGCGGUGUCGCAGACCAACCAACAUCUGUAUCGACAACAACAGCAAAAAAAGAAAACAGAAACCGCAACAAGUCAAAAGCCAUUUCGUGUGUUCCCCCCUCAAAGCUUUAUAAACAUUUAAAAACAAGUGCAAAAUGCGAGCCAGAGUGCAUGCUCAAAGGGAUCGACUCUAGGAUGAGACCUUUCAAUGGAUCUGAGCAUCUUCAUUUUUAUUUGUGGAGCACGUGCAUUAGUCAUAAGUGAAAGAGCUGCAUUGAUGUCACAGUCAAAUGAGCGAUAUGUUUAACAGUUUGUGUAGUUGUUAGCCAAGGCAGAGUUUAACCUUAACGUGUUAGUUAGUAUGAGUAUUUAUGCGUGAGCGAGCAGCGCGUUGCUAGUUGAUUAAGUGAAAAGCUACUGAUACUGCAUUUGAGCUAAAAACAUAGUUACAUACAUUUCCUUAUACAAACAAACAAACAAACAAUCACCCACACACAUACAUAAAUUUUGCACAUGUUAUUGUAUUUUUAUUUAACUAAUUUAACAAAUUUUUGUUAAUACAUUUAAUAUUCUAUAUUGUAUUUGAUUUAAGCAUCUAAUCUUGAACUCGAUCUAAAACAUUCUGCUUUAGUGCAAAUACAAAUAUAUAAUUGUAGCACACAUAAUAACUAAAUGAGAAAAACCCUUAAAUAUUUAAAAUACAUAAAGUUUUAUACACAA